AUGGCGCCUGGGUAUGGUGGAAAGCGGAAGCGCGGUGAACGCUCAUACUCUGGCGACUCUAUGAACAAUGACAACCAGAGACCUGCUCCCCAUCGCCCUGGUACGUUGAACAUGGCGCAUCACCCUCCCAACCCUGGUCACCAGUCUCCCUCUCCGCGUGAGCAGAACGACUCGCGCGACAGAUCCCGCCGACAAUCGCAUCGCACCCGGGCUGGCUCCCGCCGCGGAUCCCAUGAUAGUCAGAAUUUUUCCAACUCACAGCACAAAGAACCGAAUGCCAUGUCUCCGCCCACAAUCCAAACCAAGGAGACCGCCGAGUCCACACAGCAAAACAGCGAGCCCAGUUCGCUUCAUCCUACUCCUUCACCCGCGCCCAAUACCCCGGCCUCCCAAGCGCAUCACAACCCGCCAUCUCGCGCUGGCUCAGAGCCCGUCCCCCGCGCACCUUCCGCCCCGCCGCCGCCCUACGAUUACGAGUUUGUCACCGACAUUGCCGUCCAGGAAUGGACAACGACAGGCAAGCAAAAUCUGGUGGAGCAGGGAACCGAAGCUCGUCUGCAGCAGGACCUACCCCGACUCGCAGCUGUCUACCAGGAGCUUCUUCGGUCUGCUAUCUACGGCCGGGUGUCGCCCUCGGAUGCAGGUUCCACCAUCAAAGCGAUUAUCGGCGAAGAGACUGCCUCACAGGAUGUAGAUAUGGAAAGAAAUAUCGAAAAACCCUCCACUGAUGAACUUGACCCUCGCUCUUUGUUCCUUGAUACCCUUUCGAUUAUGACCGAUGCCGAUACUUCAAACCCUGCCCUCAAGCCGCUUGUUUUCGCGACUGGAAUCAAUCCCUCGUUGAUGCGCCUUCAGCUUGAUACCCCGCUGUUGCAGUCUUUGGGAUUGGUUCGCGAAACUUUUGCGCGCAUGGGAAUUCGCAAGCAGACCAAUCUACUCUACAGACAGUCAAACUACAACCUUCUCCGCGAAGAGUCCGAAGGAUAUUCAAAGCUCCUCACUGAGCUGUUCACCACAAGCAACAAUGAGCCCCCAUCGAGCGAAGUUGUUGAGGAGACGUUCGAGCGAGUGAAGGCGAUGAUCGGCGCAUUUGAUAUGGACGUUGGUCGAGUGCUAGAUGUAACACUGGAUGUGUUUGCCGCGGUUCUCGUCAAGCAAUACCGAUUCUUUGUGAAACUCUUGCGAGCUAGCUCAUGGUGGCCAAAGGAGGACACCCUUCAUAGUCUCGAUGAGGGCCACUUGCACUCCGGAAUCCCCAACUGGGCACUCCCUGGAUCAUCUGGUUGGGUCACAACAGAAGAGGAGCGAGUGGCUAUCAUGAAGUCGAAUGAAGAACGCGACCAUCAGUUCUGGGACAGAGUCAGAGAGGUCGGUAUUCAAGCCUUCUUCGAGAUUGGCCGCAAGCCCAUUACAGAGGCAGAAAAACAACAGUCUCUUGCAGAUACCGGAUCAAGUUUCGAAGAAGAUGUUACCCGAUCAUGGCUUGAGGAGACAGGGACGAUGCCACCAAAGGGCAACCGGGUUGCGGCUCAACUGCUGGGCUUCAAGCUGCGAUUCUACUCUUCUUCGGCUCGUACCAAAUCCGACGUUCUCCCCGAUAACCUGAUAUACCUUGCUGCACUGCUUAUCAAGGUUGGGUUUAUCUCACUUCGUGAUCUCUAUGCUCAUCUAUGGCGACCUGACGACUCAAUGGACACGCUGAUGACCGAGAAAUUAGCGGAGAAAGCCGAAAAAGUCAAGGCUAGCCGGCCUGGUGGUGGAACGAACGCUUUGAUGAUGGCUGGUGCUCUGUCGGACGACACAGUUCCGCCUCCCCGUUUGCGCGAUCCGGAACCGCGGCUAUCAACACCUGCCAAAGACCAAGAAGGCGACAAACAAGGCACGCCCAAAGGAGAUCACGACUUGCCCGAUCCUUCAGACCAGAAAGUUUUGCUUCUCAAAAGUCUUCUCGCCAUCGGAGCCAUUCCAGAAUCGCUUUUCGUGAUCAGCAAAUUCCCAUGGUUGAUGGAGGCAUAUCCCGAGCUACCUGAGUUCAUCCAUCGAAUCCUACACCACUCCUUGAACAAAGUAUACGUUCAAUUUCGGCCUUCUGUCGUUGAUGGCGACUUUCCAGGACAGCAAUAUCAAGUGACUUCUGACCAGAACGGGUUCACCAAGGGCCAGAUCGGGCUUGCGGCUCCACCCCCGAGAAGAACCUUGCGAUGGGCUCAACUGGAUAAAGAGGACACAAACGAUGGCACUGAUUAUAGAUUCUACUGGGAUGACUGGGCCGACAAUAUCCCUAUCUGCCAGUCUGUCGAUGAUGUUUUCGCCCUCUGCUCAUCCUUCCUCAAUCUUUCUGGUCACAAGAUCGGACAAGACGCAUGCCUCCUGGCAAAGCUUGUACGAAUCGGCAAGGGGAGCUUGAUUCAAGAUAGCUCAGAACAGAACAAGUCCCGUUGGCGCGACCUUUGCAAGCGUCUGCUCCUGCCCGCUGUCAGUUUGACGAAGGCCAACCCUGGUGUCGUGAAUGAGGUGUUCGAGCUCAUCAGUUUCUUUCCCCGUGAGGUUCGAUACAACAUGUAUACAGAGUGGUAUUCGGGACAGACUUCUCGAUUCCCCGACAUUAAGGAGGCCUUCGAUCAGGCCAAAGCAGAGACCAAAGACACUCUUAAGCGUCUCAGCAAGACAAACAUUCGGCCCAUGGCCCGCGCGUUGGCUAAGAUUGCAUAUGCAAACCCCGGAAUUGUCAUCAACGUUGCCAUUGGUCAAAUUGAGUCUUACGAGAACCUCAUCGAAGUUGUCGUCGAGUGUGCACGCUAUUUCACCUAUCUCGGCUACGAUACCCUCUCUUGGGCACUUGUCAACUCGCUUGGUCAGAAGGGACGUAGUCGUGUUCAAGAAAGUGGUCUCUUGACUAGUCGCUGGCUGAACGCCUUAUCCGCCUUCGCCGGCCGCACCUACAAGAGAUACUCUAUUAUGGACCCCACGCCAGUUCUCCAGUAUGUCGUUGAACAACUUCGACAAAACAACUCCACCGACCUUAUUGUGCUGGAGCAGUUGAUCAGCUCCAUGGCUGGAAUCAUCACCGACAACAACUUCAAUGACGCUCAGAUCCAGGCAAUGGCCGGUGGGGAAGUUCUACAAUCCCAGACUAUUUUGCAGCUCUUGGACAAGCGUCACGAGUCGAAGACUACAUCCAAGCGUUUGCUGAAGUCGCUGACCCACACUAGACUCGCUGGUCAGUUGUUAGUAGCCAUCGCUCAAGAACGGUUGACUUGCAUCUAUAAGGAAACAACGUCGGAGCUUAAGCUGCUUGGUAACAUCUUUGAUGAGAUCCAUCGCAUUCUCACUCAGUACUUGGACUUGCUUCGUAGCAACUUGUCCGUUUCUGAGUUCGAUUCUUUCGUACCUGAUUUGUCAUCUCUCAUUAAGGACUUUGGAAUCCAGCCAGAAAUCGCUUUCUGGAUCCGACGUACUAGCAUUUCUCGAAAGAUCACCGACAUUGAAGAAGCGAAGCAGCUGGAAGCCUUGACCGCCGACGAUGCCACACCUAAGCCGAAUGGCGACGGCAAGAUGGACACCACCGAGGACGAAGAAACGCCCACGAAGCCCGAAGAGGUCUCUGCAGACCACACUAUGGAUGUCGACAAGGACGAGCCAGAAAACUCAAUCUCGACCGAUGGUGCUGAUUCUACUCCCGCUCCUGUCUUGAAUGCUGAGCCCCUGGCUGCAAACCCAGUCAUGCAAGAGCUGAUUGACGACGUCAAAUAUUCUCUGCCCGCUGAAACCUGGGAGACUAUCGGCGCUCACUUCUAUGCAACCUUCUGGCAGCUCGGUCUCUAUGAUCUUCACAUCCCCCAGAAAUCCUACGAGGAUGAAAUCGACCGCCUCAAACGACGAGUGGUCACAGCUAACAGUGACCGGUCUGACCCCAGCUCAGCAGGCGCUGCAAGAAGGGAGGCCUUGAAAAAGAACCUCACCCAGCUGCAGGAGCGUAUUUUGGAGGAGAACAAGAACCACCUCAAGGCGUAUGGGCAUACUCGCUCCAGGCUGCAAAAGGAAAAAGACCGUUGGUUCGCUGGCAUGCGUCUCAAGCAUGACUCUUUGAAUGUUGCUUUGCUAGAGCAAUGCUUCAUCCCUCGACUUCUCCUCUCGCCCCUAGAUGCUUUCUUCUGUUUCAAGAUGUUGAAGUUCUUACACAGCUCGGGAACUCCCAACUUCCGGACUGUUGGUCUUCUCGACCAGCUCUUCCGCGAGCAAAGGCUUACGGCACUCAUUUUCCUGUGCACUUCCAAAGAGGCAGACAACCUUGGCCGUUUCUUGAAUGAGAUUCUGCGUGAUCUCUCUAGAUGGCAUGCCGAUAAGGCCGUUUAUGAGAAGGAGGCCUUUGGUACCAAGAGAGACCUUCCCGGUUUCGCUAAGAACGUUGACCCCGAAGGUGUACCAGUUAUGUUCUUGGAAUUUGAGGACUUCCGCCGUCUCCUGUACAAGUGGCACCGAUUGUUCUCCAACGCUCUCAAGUCUUGCCUUAACGGGGGUGAAUACAUGCACAUCCGAAACGCAAUCAGUGUUCUGAAGGCAGUUGUUCAACAUUUCCCCGCCGUCAACUGGAUCGGUCGUGACAUGCUCAAUUGUGUCAACAACCUGAGCAAGAACGAUGAGCGUGACGACGUGAAGAUUCCCGCAGCUUCAUUGAUUGGUGACCUGAACCGACGGGAGAAGAAGUGGAUGUUGCCGCAAGCUUUCAACAUGGUCAAGACCACCGAGGCUCAGGCCCACGCCGCUUCGCAGCAGCCUACGCCGGCACUGAAUGCUGCAGCCCCCGAGUUUAACCCAACUCAGAUCUCAGACUUUGCUACAAACCAGCCUGGCAGGACUGAGGUUGAGGAUGGUGAGAUUGAGGAUGCAAGGAUGAUUGAUGUUGGCGCAAAGGCGAGUGAUGAGACGAAGAUGGCCAGUACAUCCUCUCAAGCUGGAUCCACUACACCUUCCGUGGCUGGCAUCGAUGCUCACCUAGAGGCUUCUUCUGAUCAACCUCCUGUGCGCUCUCGGCCCAAUUCGCGGGCACCUGAUUCAGGCCGUCAGCCUGAUAUUCGCUCCCAAGUUCACCCUCCUACUCGUCCUCCACCUCGACACGAUGGAAGGCUGCCUGCACGCCCCGAGGGAGUGGAUGACCGACGAGACAGACAUUCCGACUUCAACCCUCGCACACGACAUGGACCUGUCCCUGACCGCACGUUUGAUGGCCCUGGUAAUGGCGACAACAGAGGACAUGGGCGCUUGAAUGAGCGUGAUCGCGAUUACCCUGUCCGGCCUCCUCCAGACGAUCUCAUGCGUGGACCACCCCGCGAUGGUCGACCUUCCCGGGAGAAUGGCUGGCCUAUGGAUCGCCCGUCGCGCAUGCGUGGACCUAAUGAUUCCUUCCAUGGACGCGACCCUCCUGGACGAGGAGAACUUUUGCCUGACCACAAUGACCGCCCGAUCGAUGGUCCUCGUCGCGGAGACCCAUCCAGACCGGACAAGGACGCUCGCAGACCAUACCCUUCUCGCCCUCAAUCACCUCCUAGGUCUGCCAAUUUGCCCAACCGCCCGGAACGACCCAUUCCAGCCGAUGAACGCAGAGGUCCCAAUUUCCCCCAGCCUCCCCGACACGAUGAUCUACCCAGAGGCCCCCGACUUGAUCGACAUGGAGAUGGGAAAGACUCUGGUCCAGGUCCAGACAUGACUCAUGGUCGUCUUCGGCAGCCAGAGCCUACACCUGACAUCCCCGCUGGUCCACGAAACCGACGUGGUGGUGGUCGCAAUGCUGCUGGACAAGUGCCUCCAAUGUCAGGUUCAAACAAUGUCCCACCACCCAACGCAGAACGCCCGACCCCUACAGGCCCUGGCCGACAGGGUGGCCGUGAUGCCCCAGAUCAACCAUCCAGCACUCAGCCUGCAGGCCCUACCAAUGCCGCAGGUGUUCACCCAGACCGUCUCAGGAACCUUGUCAACGAGCCUGUAGGUUCUACUCCUACAGGCCCUCGCAGUGGAGCAGGCCCACCGCAACCACCCCGAGGUCCCUCCGGACAAGGAUUUGGUGGAGACCGUAGCCGUGGCGAUAAACGCUUCGCAGGUCUUAACAACAUGCUCCAGCAGUCUGGUGGCACUUCGGGUGAUCGCGGUGGUAACCCCCCGCCUGUUCGAGGCCGAGGCGGACAUCGCCAGUCAAGUGGGAUGAACGCACCCCCUCCUGACAGCCCGGCAGGGCCUCCUGUAGACCAAGCUAACAUCCGACCCAAUGGUGGCCGGGUUGCUGAUCUACUGGAUGAUCCUGUUCCCGAGGCCGUUCGCUCUGGACGGACUGGCGAUCGUAACCGUGAACCAGAUGCUGAUCGCGCCAAGGAUCCUGAGCGCCGCGAGGACAGCACCAACACUAGCAGCCGCCGUCGUGAUGGUCGUGGUCGUGACCGUGAACGCAGCCGCCGCAGCGAUGUCGGUGCUGCUCCAACCCGCGACGAGAAAGACCGCAAUGCCGAACCCCGCGAGAACUUGCGCCGGGUGCAGAGCUCUCGUGAAGAGCUGCGCCGCCGAGACCGCCGAGACCGAGUUGACGGGCCCUCAGAGACACCUGGACCCACUCCUAGCAGCAAUGCCCCUGAGGCUGAGGGUCGUCUGCGUCCUCCUUCCUCCAUGGGGGCGCCACCACCCCCACCGCCCCCACCCCCUCCUCCGCCUGAAGGAAAUGACCGCCGGUUUAACACCUCUGGCGGCGACCGGGGUAACCGGUCCGAGCACCGUGAUCGUGAACGUGAGCGCCGCGGCGAUCGACGUGACCGUGAACACCGCGAAGGCGGUGGUAGCGGCGGCUCUGGACACCGCAAGCGCGGUCGCCAGGGUCCCGAUGACACUACUGGUGACAAUGGACCCCGUGGCAUGCGCAUGGGAGACAACAAGCGCCCUCGUCGAGGAGCGUAG